AUGGAUUUGCGCACCAUCAUGAAUAACGACGGCGGCGGCGCCAAAUCCAAUGUGCCGCCGGCCAACCAGUCCUCUAGUCCUCCAUCUGAGUUAUCUCAGAAGCAGCGCACACAGUCUGCCUAUCCAGAGUAUCCGGCGCGUCCCCCACAGCCUCCAUUGCAACAUAUACAGCAUGCCUCGCCUGAACGAUCUUCGUCUUAUGGAUCUACCCAAUCGCCAUACCAACAGUUCAACGCGGCACCUCCACCCCUAAAUACAGCUGUGCCCUCUCAAAUGACCCAGAGUCCUACAAAUGUCUCCACGCCAUAUGGUUCCGGGGCGCGUGACCCAUACGGUGCGUCGGCGUACAAUUCGCAUCCGCAACACGUCGCGGGCCCCUUAGCCUCGCCAUAUACACCGCAGCAACCCAUGAGCGCGGGAAUCCAGCAGAACGAAGCGACAUCAUAUUUCGCCCAGCAACGCUCUCACUCCCUUCAUAACAUCAUGGCUAACCCGGCCCCGCUCAAUCGAGACAGCCCUCCCUCUACCGCCCAACCUCAUUCGUCGCAUCAAUUUUCUCCUUCCGCACAGCGUUCAGUACCGGGAACUCCACUAGCUCCCCCGCCUCCCUUUGUGUCGCGUCAAUCUCCCUCGUCGGCGCGCCCACAAUCUUCCGGUCACGAUUCUCCGCGUAACCUUCUGUCCAGUCCCCGGCCUAGGCAGGACUCCCUAGCACGAGACCCCACACAACUUUCAUCGCCAUCAAGACAACGUCAGCUCUCUCCCAGCUCUCGACCUUCAGAACACACGCCUCAUUUUUCUCCAAGGGGACUGCAACGAGAGUUAUCCGAGGUCGCCAGCCCCAAGGCUCCUCGACGCACAAGCCCAGCAGCUACCUCAGAUUCCAUGGGGGCUGCCCCACCUGACAACAAGUGGAGUGAGAGUCCUACGGUACCAUCUCAUCCUGUGCCGGGUACAGAAUCACGCGCUUCAUCCAUUGCAACAGCCAACCCGCCGAUGAGCAGUUCACCAUCAGCUCCCCGAAGUGGGUCCCAUCCUUUAAAGAUGGAGGUUGAUCAUGAACCAGGCCAGUCCGUAUCGAUUCAGCCACCAAAGCCCAAGCGACGACGCUACAACGAACCUCCGAUAUAUGCCCAAAGAACCGUUCGCACCAAGGGCAAAUGCCCUGUAAUCUUAAAUCCGCGACCGUCCAUUCCGAAGCAUGCUAGGGGGGAGCUUGAAACCCAGUGGGCUAGUCGUCGAGGAUCAACUAUGGGCGAACCUGUAGCCGUGGCUGUUACUCCUAAAUCUGCUUCUCGGACACUGGGUCCAGCUCCAGGCACUAACGGACCUCCUACGACCAUGCCCGCGUCUGUGCCCGCGCCUAGCACACCCCAGACUGCAGGCCUUUUGGGGCCAUGGGAGCCUUCAAUCGCCAAUAUCAUUCCAGAGGAGGAGAUCACUAAGGUUCUCUGCGAUUUCUUGUUCCAACAUGUGGUGAUGAGAAAUGACGCGGCUGCGGGCCCAGCAGGUUCUGCCGCCACUGGACAGGGUGCAAUCAUCGAGGUGGAGGCAAAAUUAGGCCAUGUGAUGGAUAUAGAUCGGGGAGAAAGACUCAUGCUGCCGGUACUUACCGAGACCGUCAUCAAUCGUGAUAGCCCGCGCUUUCGCACAUCAUUUGAAAGCAGCAUGACCGUCGAGCAACAUCGCGCGAUGAACAACUUCCUAAACGAGGCGGUCAAAGCUUCUAUGCCGAAUAACAACCCGGAUCGCAUCCCAAUUUCAUACGCACAUAAAAAAGAGCGCGACACGUUUUACGAAGUUUCGGCCGCCGAUCUGCCCCCGAUCAUUCGUCAAAAUCUGAACCCUCGUCACAAACCCAAAGUUCGGGUGACAACAGACCAAAGAACCGGCGAAGUCCUGGCGAAAAUUGUCAAAUGUCGUAUCGCCGAUAUAGAUGUGGCUAGUCCCCGUACAACUGUCGACUGGAGGGUGAGCGUGAAUUUAGAAAUGGAGUACGAGGGUGACGUGCAGGGCCUGCCAGUCGUCAACAUGUCCAAAGGAGGCCGUGGAGAACGAAACAAAGACCGCAUGAGCUACAGGCAUUUAGCCUACCAAGUCGAUUUGACCCAAGUCGCUAGGGCCGAACCUCCGACAAAAAAUGAUUUCGAGCACGAGCUUGAGGUCGAAAUCUCCGCCGCCGAAAUUCGCCGCCAGGGUCAACUUGCCAUGAGCGGGGACCCUAAACACCAGUACCCAGAACUGGUCAAGGGCUUUGUGGAUAACAUUCGUCUGCUGGCACGAGCGGUGCCGCCUUGA